CAUGAUAUGUGCUGCAGUACUUUUCUCUAUCCCUUUUAGUAAGAGGUUGACAGAACAUAACAUGCCAAAGCAAAGCACACAGUCUGAGGAUUCCCUCUGACCUGCUGGUAAUGUAAUCUAACUGCAGACAGGAACGGAACGAAUUAUAGGGGUCAGUGGUGUGCCUGCAUUAAGCCUUGCCCUGCUCACAAAGGGGUUUAUAAUUGUGAGAAUCAAGCUUUUAUUAGGUGCACUGAGCUGGAAGGAAAAAUAUUUAUAAUAACGUUCUCCCCCAUCAGGAAGCCGAAACCUUUUGUGUCCUCAUCUGGUGAUGGUAAAGAAAACAUGUCCCCACGUUAAUCAUCUCAGACAAAUGAGCAAUUGUAUCCUUUGCUUCAUGAAUUUGUCAGUUAAUUUUAUGGGCAUGGUGGCAAAGCAAAGGCCACAGUGUUAUAAUGGAAUAAGUCUGAAGCAACAGCAGACGAGGAGCUGGGGAAAAGCAUGCUGUGGUACCCUACUGAGGCAAAGGUUCAGCUUGUAAAGGCUAAGUGGAUUUGACAUUUCCAUACCUCAGCCAAAAGAAAAAGAGAAUGUAACAAAUCAAAUUAUUGGAGGCCAAAUCCUGAGGAAAUUCGGGCUGGAGGGGUUGGAGGAGGUAGAAAGAACGAGGCUUUGGAGUUGACUGACAAUUUUUCUGCAACUUGCUUUGUUAUUUUAGCUGGCUAAAUCAUGCAGCUGCUUGAGAUGAAUCCUCCUCCUCCCACCCCUUUCCACCCUAACCCACCAUCUGCCCAACACUCCAUCUGCCAUACUUGACCUGCUGCCAAGGAAGGAGAAGUCACUGGCACAGUUGUCAGUCAAUUGCCAAAAAGAAUCAGCUCAGUACUUUCUACCAGGGAAGAAGGCAUCUCAUUGGAUAUCUGUAUGCCCAAGCCCAAGACCAGCAAUGGAAGCCCGGCCUGCCCCGGCCUGGGUCCUGCUGCUAAGCCUGAUUGCUGACUGUCUAAAGCUGGCCCAGUCUCGGGAGUUCACAGUGAAAGAUAUCAUCUACCUCCAUCCUUCAACAACACCUUUUCCUGGUGGGUUCAAAUGCUUUACGUGUGAAAAUGCAGCAGAUAAUUACGAAUGCAACCGCUGGGCACCAGAUAUCUACUGCCCCAGAGAGACACAGUACUGUUACACGAGGCAUAAAAUGAAUGCGAAGGGUGAAAGUUCAUCAGUCACAAAGCGAUGUGUCCCUCUGAAGGAGUGUUUAUAUGUUGGUUGCACACAACCUGAUAAUGAAGGAAACAAGGUUUGCACCUCAUGCUGUGAAGGGACAAUCUGUAACCUCCCAUUACCUAGAAACACUUCCCAGGCAGUAUUUGCAACACUGUCUCCAAUAAAUCAAACAUCUCGACAUUCCUUUCACACUGCAAUGACUUUAACCUGCGUCAGCCUUCUGUUCCUGCUUGUUGUAUAGCUGGUGCUAUUUUAAUGCACUCAUGUACAGCGUUGUUUAACAUAGUAUUUAUUUUUGUAUGAUACGUUUAUACAGUGAAAUGUCCUCUAUACUGUAAAUAAGGUUUAAAACAUCUAAGUUUCUCAUGCUAAAUAUGAAUUGAACUGUUUUCUGUUGAAAAUAUAAGCAAUUUUAAGUUUGUGAAAAGAUUCUGAAGGAGUGCAGGAAUUAUGAAAAUUUGAAGUCAGUAACUGAUAUUUAUUAUUUGUUUGUCACUUAUUAUAUAGGCAUUGAUAUGUCAAGAAAUAUUCAACACCUGAAAUAUCUGCUAAGCUUCACAAACAUAACAUUUGCAUUCACUUGUUAAAAAAAAACAAAGUAGGUGGGAGGAAAUCUUGAUUUUCUUAGCAUAAUUCCAUUUCCCUCUGGCAGAGCAGUCAAUGUGAUAUUCAUUAAAAAUUAACCAAAUAAUCAAACAUCUUGAAAUAUUUUUAAGAAACCAUUAUCAGAGACUUAAUGAAAUAAGUUAAGUCUCCUGGGAUGUGUUUUGUCCCUUACAAAUAUUUUCUACAAUUAGAAGUUAUUCAUGUUAGAACAAAUGAUAUUAUGUUGUUCUUUGAUUGCAAAUUCACUGAUUUCCAUAUAUUUCAGCCAAGAUGGGAACAUAAUCGAAGCUGAGGUAGACCAGUUGGCCCCUUGAGCCUGUUCUGACAUCUGAUAAGAUCAUGGCUGAUUUGAGUGAGGCUUUAACUCCAGUUACCAGUCUGCCCCUCAUGACUUUUUGAGUUUCUUGUUAAUCAAAAAUAAAAUCUGUCUAGCUCAUCCUUAAAUAUAUUAAAUGACCUGACCUCCAAUGUUCUCUGGGGUAGAGAAGGCCAAACAUUAACAUACUAGCAAAACCAAUAUUCUUUUCCACCCAUUUAUAACCUGACUCUCCUUUGACUGGAGGAGUGGCAGAUACCAUUGCCUCAAGCUCCCUGUUGCCUAUUGAGCAGUGGCAGGAUUCUUAAGAUUGUGAAUAUACUGGAGCAACAUGUUUGAAUUUGGCAGAAGUUCCUCUUCGUUUCCGUAUUAAAUGGAAGACCCUUUAUUUUAAAACCAUGGUCCUUUGCUUUCUAAGUUCCCUCACAAGGGGAAAUAUCUUCUCAGUAUCUAUCUGUCAAACCUUCUCUGAAUCUUAUAUGUUUCAGUCAGGUUGGCUUUUAUUCCUCUAAACUCCAUUAAAUGUAGACUCAAACUGUCCUAGCUUUCCUCACAGGUCCCCACUGGACGAAGGUAACAUUAUAACUAGUUGACCCAGGAUUGGAGUUUGUCCUGGAGCUUUGUUCUUUUCAAGAGGAGAAGGGAAGAGGGAGGACACACAAUAGCUCAAGAGCUGCAAAUGAAAGCAGUAAAUGAGUAAUCCAAAGAGGUUUGCAGAUCAACUUUUUAUUUCUUUUAGCAACCAGUGUAUAAGGCAAAUUAUGGCAUUAACAAUAAACAUAAAUAAGCAAGUGCAUAUUUAAUGACUUCACAAUAGCCAAAAUGCAAUGCAAUCAAUGCAAACAUUAUUUUUGAAGUGUAACAGUUACUAUUGUAAUGUAGGACACACUCUUAAUUUGUGUACAGGAAGUUCUCACAACCGUAAUGAAAUAAUGGCGAGAUAUUUUUUUGUUUAGA